GCCACCAUCGACAAAUCGAGCUCGGUCCAAGGCGGGGCCACCGCCCAACUCCUCCCUGCCAAUGCAGGCAAAUGACACGGCUCCGAAAUAUGGCUGCCAGGUGUGUCGGGGAGGUCCGCCGAGCGCCACCGCGAGUAUACCAACCUCAUGGGCGGCGUGGUAUAAACGUUGCCCAUGUCGCUCCCUCCGUCCGGCUUUCAUCCCCUCCCCCUCACGCCCUCCAGCCUCAUCCCAGCCCGAUCUGCCCGCUGACCAGCUCUCUCGGCCACUCUCUCUUUCCCCCCGAGCAGUCAAACCAGCGUCAAGAUGGCCUUUGGAAACCUGCUCACUUCGCCACAAGUCCUGCUCGUGGCCGGCCUGGCCGCCUUCGCGCAGGCCAAGCCGUGCAAGGCCCGGGUCGACCGCGUGUUCCGCAACGGCACCAUCCACACGCUGGACAAGGCCGGCAGCACCUUCAGCGCCAUGGUCGUCACGGACGGCCGCAUCACGCACCUGGGUUCCGACGACGAGGUGGCCGCCCACAUCGGCAACAACACCACCGUCAUCGAGCUCGGCGGCCGCGUCGUGAUCCCCGGCCUGGUCGACUCGCACAUGCACGUCCAGUCGGGCGGCGAGUUCCUGCUCAAAUGCAACCUCAACUACCAGGCCCUGAGCAUGGAGGAGCUCCUCGCCCACGUCCAGGAGUGCAUCGAGGCCGACCGCGACACCAAGGAGUCGCCCAACCAGUGGAUCGAGGUCGUCAACAUGGACUACCCGUCCCUCAUCAGCCGCAGUGGUGGCCAGACCAAGACCGACCUGGACCGCCUCAAGACGGUCCGGCCCGUCAUGGUCCGCUCCAGCGACUUCCACACCGUCUUUGCCAACUCGCACGCCCUCGCGCUGUCCAACAUCACCGCCGCUACCCCCGACCCGUCCAACGGCAAGAUCGAGCGCAUCGGCCACACCCAGGAGCCCUCUGGCAUCCUGCAGGACGACGCGUACAAGAUGCUCGCCGGCCCCAACCCACCUACCGAGGAGGACAGCAUGAUGGCCCUGCGCGCCGCCAUGAAGCUCCUGCGCGAGGAGGGCAUCACGACCUUCCAGGACGCUGCCGCCCAGCUCAACAUGGCCCCGCUCUACCAAAAGCUAAAGGACGAGGGUAACCUGACCUCGCGUGUCUACUUCGACUACCGCCUCGACCAGCCCGCCACCAUCGGCGCCGUUGACGCCUACGUCGCCGAGGUCAAGGCCGCCCUCACCGCGCGCCACGAUCCGGCCCCGCUCGGCCCGGCGCCCACGCUCAAGUGGCAGGCCGUCAAGCUGUUCCUUGACGGCGUCAUCACCUACCCCAGCCUGACGGCCGCCGUCCUGGAGCCGUACCUGGUUCCCGUCAACAUGAGCGACCUGAGCGGCGAGUGGGUCUCGGACCCCGGCACCCUCGUCGACCCCUACUGGACGCCCGAGAUCCUCAACAAGGCGCUCGAGGGCCUGUUCCUCGCCGGCAUCGACGUGCAGAUGCACGCCGACGCCGACCUGGCCGUGCGUAUCGCCCUCGAUGCCGCCGAGGCCUUCCGCGCGAAGCACCCCGACUUCACCGACUUCCGCCUGGGCGUGGCCCACGACGAGAUCAGCGACCCGGCCGACUGGCCCCGCUUUGCCGAGCUCGGCGUCGACGCCAUCAUGAGCUUCCAGUGGUCGCAGCCCAGCUCCUUCUACCUGCCUGACAACUGGCGCAGCCUGGGCAAGGAGCGCUUCGAGAACCGUCUGCAGGCCUACCGCGAGAUUGUCGAUGCCGGUCGUCCCAUCACCUACGGCAGCGACUGGCCUAUUGAUCCUCUCGACGAGUUCCUCGCCCUCAAGAUCGGCGCCACCCGCUCGGGCGACCCGCUCAACCCCAACUCGCCCGCGGCCCAGGGCUUCCCCUUCAAUGGCACGCUCGCCGGCAAAACCCUGACGCGCGACAUGGCCAUCCGGGCCAUCACCAACCGCGGCGCCAGCUUCCUGCGCGCCGACGACUCGAUCGGCUCGCUCGAGGUCGGCAAGCUGGCCGACGCCGUUGUGCUCGAGAACGACUACUUCAGCGUCCCCGAGGAGGAGCUGGGCCGGAACCGCGCCCUGCUGACCAUGGUCGGCGGCGACGUCCUCUACGUCGCCGACGGCGCCGAUUUUGGCCCCGGCGUCGUGGCCAAGUUCCCCAACUCGGACGCCCGCAGCCACGCCGUCGCCCGCCGCUCCAUCGGCGGCUUCGGCGGCAAGGGCCUGACCGAGGACCAGAAGGCGCACGUCGCCGCCCUCAGGGUCCGCGGCGUCUGCAACCACGGUAAGCAUGGUCACAUGUAAAGCACUGGCUUUCUAUUUGCAGGGGUUGAUGCUGGAAACUUUUCGAUGUAAAUAUUAGUUCGGGAUCAUGAAGCGAUGCACACGAUAUACCCAUACUGUUGGUAGGAGUCUGGUACUCCUGUUAGACGGCUCGGAGAUCUCCAAAGGUGAUGAACAACGAUCUCUGUGAUCUGGGGAAAAGCUCUAUAUUGUGCAUGAGGAAGAAGGAAUCUAUCUGCCAAAAGAAGGGCACAGGACUGCCCGUUAUAUGCACAGGGACGAUCACCCAAAAGGGUGGUUCCCUGCUCUGCCUAAGGCAGACAGUAUUGGCCCGUGCGGGAUCCAGAGGAUCCCGGAGCCCUCUGUGACAACCUUCCUUUUCCGGAUCGCACGCGCACAGAAAUACUGUUCCAACACAUACAACGAUGAAUGGCCUUCGGCUUUGGCGCCCUUUUACUGCUUGCUUGUCCGACA